CCUCAGUGAGACUCCUGGACUUCCAGAGGACCUGACACCAGAGGUCUUUCUGGUUCAAAAUCUUCAGGAUGAAGUAGGGAAGACUGAUUUUCAUUUUCCAGGCUCUCUGACCUUGACUUUGAGUGGUCCCAGUACCAUGAUGGGCAUCCUGGGGAAAUCUCUACUACAGUAUCACUACAAAGAGAAAUUCAAGACUUUUAACAAAUUUUGGUGCAGACAACCAUGCUUGCCAUUUUUGAAUCAGAUUGUGGAGACCACAGGAUUUGAGCAAGAGGUGAAAAGUAGCCGAGUAUCUAUCAUAGACUACCCUGGGAAUCUCACCUUCACUGUGACCUUGGAGAACCUCACAGUAGAGGAUGCAGGAAAAUACUGGUGUGGGAUUACAACAAUCCUGAGGCAAGAUGUGUCCACCACAGUCUUCAGUAUAGAGAGCUGUACAGGGACACCUGGAUCUCCCAGAACCAAGUCCAGCACAGGGUCCCUGUUCAGCAAUGUCGACUUCCUGCUUCUCCUGUUCCUAAAGGUGCCCAUAUUUCUGGCUAUGCUUGGUGUUGUGCUCUGGGUAAACAGGCCUCACAGGGCUCCUGUUGGGGAGGCAGUGUCAGCCUGA